GUAUUCCUUUCAAGACGAAGAAGAUAUGUUCAUGGUGGUUGAUCUCUUACUCGGAGGUGAUCUGCGUUACCAUUUGCAGCAGAACGUUCACUUUAACGAAGGAACUGUUAAGCUGUACAUUUGUGAGCUGGCGCUUUCCUUGGAUUAUUUGCAGAGAUACCACAUCAUUCACAGGGACAUCAAACCUGACAACAUACUACUGGAUGAGCAUGGACAUGUUCAUAUCACUGACUUCAACAUAGCAACCAUAGUGAAAGGCUCAGAAAAAGCUUCUUCUAUGGCUGGCACAAAACCCUAUAUGGCUCCAGAAGUCUUCCAGGCCUUUAUGGAUGGAGGUCCAGGAUACUCAUACCCAGUAGACUGGUGGUCGCUAGGAAUUACAGCAUAUGAAUUACUGAGGGGUUGGAGGCCCUAUGAAAUUCAUUCAGCCACCCCCAUUGAUGAAGUACUCAACAUGUUCAAGAUAGAAAGAGUCCACUACUCAUCUGCAUGGUGCAAGGGCAUGAUAGCACUACUGAAAAAGCUCCUCACUAAGGACCCGGAGUGCCGUCUCUCAAGCCUUGCAGACAUCCAAAGCUCUCCAUACCUAGCUGAUGUCAACUGGGAUGCUGUUCUAGAGAAAUCUGUGACCCCAGGCUUUGUUCCUAAUAAAGGAAGACUGAACUGUGAUCCUACAUUUGAACUUGAAGAAAUGAUUUUAGAGUCCAAGCCUCUCCAUAAAAAGAAAAAGCGACUUGCCAAAAACAAAUCCAAAGAUGGAGCUAAGGAAACCUGCCCACUGAACGUACACCUGCAGCAGUGCUUGGAAACCGUUAGGAAAGAAUUCAUCAUAUUCAACAGAGAGAAGUAA